UUACACCCAAAAUUAGAAAAUGUGUUCCAAAUUGCUUCCUGUUUUUUUGCUGUAUUGCGGUCGCCGAGCAUUUUCUAUCUGCUCAAAAGUGCAUUCUAUCCCCACAAGAAAAGAACCUUGUAACGCAAAUUGUUAUUCGGCACACUAGAGACAGAUUCUACAUCGAUUUGAAUGGACAUCGAGCGGAGUUACUAUAUUCCAUGAAUGGGGGAGUGAUGACCAUAACGAGUACCAAAGUCCCGAAAGAACUGGGAGGUCAGGGCAUCGGAAAGCUUUUGGCGAAGGCGGCACUGGACUACGCACUUCUGAAUGGUCAAUUUAUUAUCAUCAAGUGCCGAUUUGUGCAACAUUAUAUUGACAAAUAUGAACCUCAAUACGCUCAAUACAUAAUUAACUAAGGAAGCUGAUAUUUGGACUGACAAAAUUAGCAACAUUUUUUAUAUAUAUUUUUUCUAUAUCAGAAAAA